AUCAAAGUUCCUGUUGUGAAGCUCCGAGUUUGGGACAGCUUUUUAUUUAGGCUACCUCCGCUGGCGUCUGAGGAGAGAGAAAGCUGAUCAGCAUGGCCUCCUCUGACGAUACAGAGGGGUCCCUGACUCCUGUGGAUUUUAUCCAGCUGCAGCAUUACAUGGAAUACAGCAGUUUGAGGGUGAAAGAUGUGAUCAAGGAGUUUCAACCUGGGGGUCGGCUGGCCCAGUACAGCAACGGAGAGUGCGUCGAUGCAGUUGGUUUCUGUCUCUUUCUUAAGACCUACCUAGAAGUGGAUGACUUCCCUGCAGAUUUUUGCCAACGCCUUUUUAGGUAUUUUCAACAUGUGGAGCAUGGGUCCACAAAGAGCCAUCUGCCCAAAGGAGGCGGGGUCUUUCUUCGUGAUGUGUCCUGUUACUUCUCAGUGCUGGAGGAAGGACAGCCCCGGGAGAAGCUUGAAUUUACUUUCAAACUGUAUGAUAAAGACUGCAACAAACUCCUGGACAGCUCAGAGGUGGAUCGUAUAAUCACCCAGAUGAUGCGAGCUGCUGAUUACCUGGGCUGGGACGUGACUGAACUCAGACCAGUGCUCAAAGACAUGAUGACAGCGAUCGAUGUGGAUGACAGUGGGACUGUCACUCUGGAGGAAUGGGUGAAGGGAGGCAUGAACAACGUGCCUUUACUUGUUCUGCUUGGACUGAAGAUGACAGAGAGGGAUGGGCAGCAUAUUUGGAGGAUGAAGCACUUUAACAGGCCAACCUACUGCAGUGUGUGUCAGAGCAUGCUGCUCGGCCUCGGGAAGCAGGGACUCUGCUGCACCUGUUGCAAGUACACCGUCCACAGUCAGUGUGCCAACAAGAAUCCCGAACCCUGUGCUCGUACUUUUGUUAAAUCUAAACCGAGGAUUGGUUGUCGCAACCACAACACACGAUCUGUGAUGGAUCACAACAGUGAACUGGCCAAGUUUCGUCAGCUGCUGCCGGAGGUAGCAGCUCACGACUGGAUCAGAGCUGACUGCAACUCUUCCAAGUGUCAGGUUUGCCACAAGAAGAUCAAAACUGUAGCGGGGAAACGUUGUGUGUGGUGCCAGGAGAUGCGUCAUGAUGAGUGUCUUUUCUCUGGCUUGUCCUCCUGUGAUUGUGGGCAACUUAGAGAUCAUAUUCUGCCUCCGUGGGCCAUAUACGCUGUCUCAAAGGAGGAGGACACUAGCUUGUUAAAUGUCACCCCUGAUGGCCACAUCCUGCAGGUCUGUCGUUGUCACAUAUUCCUACACACUCGCAUUUCUUUUCCAACUGUGCACUUGUGUCUUUUCUGUGAGGUGUAUUUCAAGUUGUCUUCUCAAACUACAAUCUUCAUAUCAUUGCUUUUGGAAGAGAUUGUCACGAUUCCAGACACCCACCCUCUGCUGGUGUUUGUGAACCCAAAAAGUGGAGGGAAGCAGGGUCAACGAGUGCUCAGGAAGUUUCAGUACCUGCUGAACCCACGUCAAGUGUACAACCUUUCCAACGGAGGUCCUACACCAGGACUACACUUCUUCCGCAACCUGCGUGAGUACAGGAUCUUGGUGUGUGGAGGAGACGGCACCGUUGGUUGGCUACUGGAUGCUAUAGACAAAGAAAACCUGCCGGUGCAUCCUCCAGUAGCUGUCCUGCCUCUGGGCACCGGGAAUGACCUGGCUCGCUGUCUUCGCUGGGGAGGAGGCUACGAUGGGUCAGACUUGAGAGAGAUCCUGAAGGAGAUCGAAGCUAGCCAGUUGGUUCUCAUGGACCGCUGGAGCAUCCAGGUGAUACCAGACGACCCCCAAGAGGCAGGAGACCCUGUGCCCUUCCAGAUCAUUAACAACUACUUCUCUAUUGGAGUGGAUGCCUCUAUCGCUCAUCGCUUCCAUUCCAUGAGAGAGAAACACCCCCAGAGAUUCAACAGCAGAAUGAAGAACAAACUUUGGUAUUUUGAGUUUGCCACUACUGAGACCAUUUCUGCGUCUUGUAAGAAGUUGAAGGAGUGUCUAAUGAUUGAGUGCUGUGGGAGGACCCUGGACCUGAGCAACAUGUCGCUGGAGGGCAUAGCUGUCCUCAACAUACCCAGCAUGCACGGAGGCUCCAACCUUUGGGGCGAGUCCAAGAAGCCUGAUAGUGUGCCAGAGGUGGAGAACAGUGAGGUUAUCACUGACCCUGACCUUUUAAAAACAAUCUCUCAAGAUAUGAGUGAUGAGCGUUUGGAAGUGGUGGGGCUGGAAGGAGCCAUAGAAAUGGGACAGAUCUACAGUGGACUGAAGAGAGCUGGGCACAGACUGGCACAGACUUCCCAAAUUACCAUCAGGACAAUCAAAGCCUUGCCCAUGCAAAUUGAUGGGGAGCCCUGGAUGCAGCCUCCAUGUACUAUCCACAUAACUCACAAGAACCAAGCUAACAUGCUGAUGGCUGCACCAACAAAACCAACCGGCUUCUUUCACCUCAAGUAGAUUAACGCUUCCACUACAUCCUCCAGUCUGCCGAGGGUCACAACAGAACAUCUAUAUUAUCUUGAAUGAUGCAGGAUGACUACACUAAAAGGGAGCGUCCAUCGCUGAGUGUGUAACUGUGUGUUUCUAUUAUUAAGUAUUAUUGUGUAUGUCUUUUGCACUUUAAUCCCUGAUAUAAUUCUAAAUAAUUACAGACAGUUUGCACUCAGGCAGAGACCACACUGAUAGGCCAGAUCAAAAGUGCAAAUUUCACUACUCAGUCUGAUCGCUGCUAUUGUGUGCCAACUUCAAUGCAAUGCAUCCUUUUGUUUUUCUGUAAAUAAAAGAGCAGAGAAUGUUCUACAGUAGACUGAUACAGAAUAUAUAUUGCUUAUUGUACGUUGUGAGAGCUUUUUUUGUGCUUAAUCAAAUUUACAGUAGUGUCUUGUAGAGUUUCAUCUGUACUUCCUAAUGCAGCUGGUGAUAAACUUGCUUUGUUCUGCCUUCAGAAGCUCCCAGCAGCUCACCCUUGAUCAACGACACUGUCCUACCUGUCUGUUCUUGUGACUUUCACUAUCAGUUUUCAUCCAACUAAAAGAAAAAUAUAUAAUGUAA